GCGUGACACUAAAACACUACUUUUUACUGAAGAACAUGUCAGAGUCUUUUAAAACAUCAGUAUCUGCACCUCGACUGAGUGAAGGAUGUGUGACAGGAGAACACCUUCAGUCUGAGACAGAUGUGAAAGAUGUGACAUGACACAUCUGUAGUCUCUGGGGUCUCGAACUUGGAUCUCGAACUUGGAUCAGAUUUCCACCCAUAAAUGUCUCUGAAAAGAAAAGCCUGGUAGAUGUGGGGAUUUUUUUCCUUAAAACACAGAACACUAUUGUAUGAACUGACAUGUGACUUCUUUAUUUUCUUCUUUCAGCUCUCAACCUGAUAUAAUACGAGCAUAACAGCUUGGCAGCUCUGAAAUGGAGGAAGACUCAGUGACUCCUGCAUCUUCGUCCCUACCCCAUGUUCCCCCCAAGUCCUGUAUUACAGCUCAGGACAAUGCAGCUGUUAUUGCACCUCAGCUGGUUGGUUGUCACAUCAAAGGAAAUGUUAAUAUCACAACUGAAACACACAAACCUACAGCAGUUCAGUCCCAGCAGACAACCCAGUGUGGAGCAUCUCAUACCACAUCUGACAUCAUAUUCAGUGUCAGUAAAACGUUGAAAUCGAACCUGAGAGAGAAAUUCGAGAUCAUAUUUGAAGGAAUUGCUAGAAGAGGAAACCCGACUCUCUUCAGGGAGAUUUACACAGAGCUUUUUAUCACAGUGGGAGAAACAGAAGGCGUGAACAAGGAGCAUGAGGUUUGGCAGAUUGACCCUGCGUUCAAGACAUCUACUGAACAGGACAUGCCAAUUAACUGCAAUGAGAUUUUCAAACCAUUUAACCAACAAAGACCUGAGCAGAACCCUGACGAUAAGAAGAAGCAUGGUACCAAAAACGUAGAGCGUAAAAUCAGAACUGUGCUGACUAAAGGAAUUGCUGGAAUUGGGAAAACCGUCUCGGUGCAGAAGUUUAUUCUUGACUGGGCUGAAGAAAAAGCCAAUCAGGACAUCGAUCUGAUAUUUGUUUUACCUUUUCGUGAACUGAACUCCAUCAUUAAUGAGAAGUACAGUCUUCAUGAGCUUCUCCGUGAAUUCCACUUAGAGCUUAAAGAAUUUCAGGAUGUUAAAUAUUAUGACAGCUGUAGGAUUUUAUUCAUUUUUGAUGGUCUAGAUGAAAGCAAGCUCAAAUUUGAUUUCGAGAACAAAAGAAUCUCGAGCGUUUCCAAACCGGCAUCUCUGGAUGAGCUGAUGACCAACAUCAUCAAAGGAUAUCUGCUUCCAUCUGCGUUGGUGUGGAUAACUUCACGGCCAGCUGCCAUAGACAGCAUCCCUGCAGAUCUGAUCCAACGUAUGACUGAAGUACGAGGAUUCACAGACUUGCAGAAGGAGGAGUACUUUAGAAAAAGAACCAGCGACAAAACCUUGGCUGACAGGAUCAUCUCACACGUGAAGGACACAAGAAGCCUUGAGAUCAUGUGCCACAUACCAAUCUUCUGUUGGAUCAUAGAAACGGUUCUGGAAAAAAUGCUAAUCAAAGGGCAUGAAAGAAUCCCAUCCUCUCUUACUGAGAUGUACACACGCUUUUUGCUUAUCCAAACGAAUGAGAAAAAGAGAAAAUAUCUGGGAAGGACAGAAAGAGAUCCAUUAAGGCUUUCUGACUCUGAUAUGGAGAUCAUACUGAAACUUGGGAAGCUGGCUUUUGAAAAACUUCAGAAAAGCAGCAUUGUGUUUUCAGAAGAUGAUCUGAGAGAUUAUGGCAUUGAUGUCGCUGAAGCCUCUGUGAGGUCAGGAGUGUUUACUGAGAUUGUUAGAGAAGAAGAUCCCAUGUUUUCAAAAAAGAACUACAGCUUUGUGCACUUGAGCUUUCAGGAGUAUCAUGCAGCCUUUUUUGUUCACCACACUUUUGCUGUUGAAGGAAUCAAUGCGAUGCAGUCCAGACAAGACAAACCUGCCGCAGCACACCGUGCUCUACACUUCUCUGAUGAAGAUGAAGACUACGACUCUGCAUCCAGUGAAAGUAGCUAUUAUAAUGAUUUUGAGUGUAACAAUGAAUCUGACCUUCCAUUGAAGGUUCCUCAACAAAAGUUGACCUUGCAUGAUUUACAAAAAAAUGCAGUAGACAAUGCCAUGAAGAGUAAAAGUGGGCAUUUGGACCUUUUUCUUCGUUUCCUUCUUGGUCUCUCAAUGGAGCCCAAUUUGCAGCUGCUGAAGUCCAUCCCAUUGAAAGUAGAGAACAUGCAGAAGAACAUUCAUGAAACUAUGCAGUAUAUCAAAAAUAUGCUCAGAGAAGAAGAUGACAGAAAAACUCCUUCUUCAGAGAGAUGCAUAAACCUUUUUCAGUGUCUUCUGGAGCUGGAUGACCACUCGAUGGCAGAGGAAAUCAGGAGAUUUCUGACUAUAGGAAAACAAACAAAGCCCCGAUUAACAGCAGCACAAUGCUCCACCUUGGCCUACCUCAUUCUGAUGUCCAAAGAAAUCCUGGAAGAAUUGGAUCUGAAUAAAUUCAACACAUCUGAUGAAGGACGUAGGAGGCUUGUGCCUGCUGUGAGGAAGUGUAGACGUGCUCUGAUGGCUGAUUGUGGACUGACAAAAGAAUGUGGAACGACUGUGGCGAUUGCACUUCAGGAUCCAGAUAACCCCUUAAGAGAGCUGGACCUCAGUCACAAUUUUUAUUGCAUCAGGAGUCUCUUAACUCUGCCACACACACUAACACUCUUUUCCUGCUUCUUUAAAGAUGACUGUGCAGACAUUUUGCUUUCAGCUUUUCAGUCAUCAGAGUGUAACUUGAAAGAGCUGGACAUCAGUUACAACAACUUAACUUUGAAUGGUAUGAAACGGGUCCUUCAAGGUCUUCAGAGUCCCAGUUGUUACCUUCAAAUAUUAAGACUGUCUGGCAGUCAGAUCAGUGCUGAGAGCUGUACAUAUCUGUCAUCAGCCCUCAAGCAUUCAUUUCUGAAAGAGUUGAUUCUGGACAACUGCAGCACCAGUGAUGUGGGAGUAAAACAACUCUACCCUGGACUAAUGAGUCCUCAUUGUCAGCUACAGACACUGGGGCUUAGACAGUGUAACCUCUCAAGGAAAUCGUGUUUAUAUCUGGCAGUGACCUUGGCCACAUACUCUGUGGUUAAAUCACUCAACCUAAAAGAUAAUGACCUUCAGGAUUCAGGAGUUCACCUUCUUGCUGCCGGACUGAAAAAUCCCAACUGCGUCCUCCAGAAACUGGGGUUGUCAGGAUGUUUCAUUAGUUCAAAGGGCUGCUUUUCUUUGGCUUCAGCUCUCAGCUUAAACCCAUCAUCAGUCCUGAAUGAUCUUGAUGUGAGCUAUAAUCAUCCAGAACAAUUAGGAAAGAAGCUCCUUACUAACCUACUUCAUGAUCCAUGUUACAAACUGCACAACCUAAGAUUGGACCAUGAUGGACAGUCACGACUAGCAAAUGGUCUCUGGAAAUACUACCAAGAGCUCAACAUCAAUUACACAUAUGACCUCAUUUGUUCUCAAGACAGGAAAGGAAUCGCUUGGUUGCCAGAGUUUGAAGAUAUGUACUAUGACCUGGAAAAUAUAACCAACAAACAAACCAAGUGGGUCAAGGCAUCCUGCAGGGAAAAACUGGAAGGUGGACGGUUUUACUGGGAGGUACAAUGGACUGGCUUUGUCUGUCUAGCAUUAAAGGACGACAAAGGCGGCAUUAUGGGAAAAUCUUUAAAGUUUAUGUGCAACAAGGACCAGUAUUCUGCCAUCCAUGAAGAAGAAGCACGUAUGAAAACAAUAUAUAUGUGUGUAUAUCCUCGCCCAAAACCUGGUCCAGAAACAUUUGGAGUGUACCUGGACUACCCAGAGGGAACGCUGUCCUUUUACCGCAUUUCCUCUCAGGGUGUGAAUCACCUGUACACGUUUCACACUACCUUCAAUAAACCGGUGAUCCCUGAGUUCCAUCUUAACAGGCCAGAAAUGACAGAUGGAGUAAGGUCCAUCAUCAUUGGUACACAAUCUCCUGAUUCUUUCCACAAUACUAAAGCACAACUGUUUCAACUUAUGCUUAGUAGAGAAAUGUAAAAUAGUCAGGAAGCUUUGUAGUGUAAGGGGUUGUAUUAUAUCACACACACACACACACACACACACACACACACACACACACACACACACACACAGAAUUCCAGGGCAACAGGGGAAUUUAUCUGACAUUCACCCAAUGAGCAGAAAAUUGGAUUUAUUCCUGUUUAUUUAAAAGGGAACACAGAUUAUUGAAUGUAUUUCUCUUUACUGCCGGAGUCAGCAAUAUGAAAAACUGACAAGAGAAAAGUGUAAAUGUGCAUCAAGAAGUUUCCAGAAUCCAGCGUUUUGCAUGUUCUGAAUGAUCCUGUGGCACCUCUAAGGUGCACUUUUGAUACUCUACUGGUUUUGAUGUCCAGUCAGUCAUCUGAUCUACAUGGGCAUGUGUGAGAUUCUUUAAAAGCAUUUAAACAUACAGAUUUAGUGCUUCCUCUGUGGCAUUGAGUUCCAUUUACUACUGAGCAGCCUCGGGGUUAAGGGCCAUGCUCAGGGGCCCAGUAGUGGCAGCUUGGUCACUCUUUCCUUUAUUAUGUUCAGUCCAGAGAUAUUUGUUUUGUAUUUUCCUUUUUUUAUUAUAUUUUGAAUUCAGCUGAUUUUCAGGUGUGUAUGUAGCUUUGAUCUGAUGUUUAUCUUUUGCACCUCAUUACUUUCCUUUUGUAUUUUAGUUUGUUUUAGUCUGGUUUUAGUUUCUGUUCUCUACAAUUUGGAUAAAGCCUGGAUAUUUGCAAACGUGUAAUUGACCAGAUAGACGUGAAAAAUGUUCAGGCGACAGCAUGAAAGAAAUCUCUCUCUGGUAAACCGAGCUGCUUUAGACAUUUACUCACUUCAUUAAUCUUAUACAUGAUUUAAAGUAAAUAUCUCGCAAUACAGGAAACUUUACAGCUCGAUUUUAAUCCGUUCACAACUUUUUUUUUUUAUGUAAAAUAAAUGUCUGAAAGAAUUUCCAGUUGUGAGGUGUUUCAUAUUUUCCAGUUGUAUAUAUUUUUAAAUACUGUUUGGGUUUUUUGUACGUGUUACAGUUUAGUGCUCGUUUAUUUGGAAAUUCAUUUCAUUUUUAUUUCAGUCAAUGGAAAAUAUUUUGAUGGACAGAAUAAAAGGAACCUAAUCAGUGCUGAAGGUUUCAAACAUG